GGGGAGGAAAAACACUAAAGGGGUAGCUAUGGAGAUGGAGCGUUUUCCUGGCUGCUUUCUUUGACAGGUGUUGAGUGGGGCAAAAGUCUUAAAACAGAAUCCAGCAUGUACGCCAAAGGUAAAGGAGCUGUCGUCCCUUCCGAUAGCCAAGCGAGAGAAAAGUUAGCUUUAUAUGUGUAUGAAUAUUUGCUGCAUGUCGGCGCACAGAAAUCAGCACAGACCUUCCUGUCAGAGAUCCGAUGGGAGAAGAACAUCACACUUGGGGAACCUCCAGGAUUUUUACACUCGUGGUGGUGUGUAUUCUGGGAUCUGUACUGCGCUGCCCCAGACCGGAGGGAGACAUGUGAACAUUCCAGUGAGGCCAAGGCUUUCCAUGACUAUAGUGCGGCCGCUGCACCCAGUCCAGUGAUGGGCAACAUGCCACCUAAUGAUGGCAUGCCAGGAGGACCCAUGCCUCCAGGCUUCUUUCAAGGUCCUCCUGGAUCCCAGCCUUCCCCUCACACACAGCCUCCCCCACACAACCCCAGUAAUCCCAUGAUGGGACCUCACGGACAGCCAUUCAUGUCGCCACGGUACCCAGGUGGCCCAAGGCCCUCUCUCCGUAUGCCAAACCAGCCUCCUGGGAGCAUCCCUGGGUCACAGCCCCUUCUGCCAAACAGCCUGGACCCCACCAGACCACAAGGACAUCCAAACAUGGGCGGUCCAAUGAGAAUGAAUCCCCCGCGAGGCAUGGGAGGCAUGGGCCCACAGAACUACGGCGGAGGGAUGAGGCCUCCUCCGAACUCCAUGGGUCCAGGAAUGCCAGGCAUGAACAUGGGUCCUGGUGGAAGAGGUCCUUGGCCAAACCCCAACAACAAUUCAAUAGCAUACUCGUCUUCAUCUCCAGGGAACUACGUGGGCCCUCCAGGGGGAGGCGGCCCACCAGGAACUCCCAUCAUGCCUAGCCCCGGAGAUUCAACAAACUCAAGUGAAAACAUCUACACAAUGAUGAACCCCAUCGGUCCUGGUGGAAACAGACCCAAUUUCCCUAUGGGGCCUGGUCCUGACGGGCCUAUGGGUGGAAUGGGUGCUAUGGAGCAACAUCAUAUGAAUGGAUCACUAGGCUCUGGUGACAUGGAUGGGUUGCCAAAGAACUCUCCCAACAACAUGGCAGGCAUGAACAAUCCCCCCGGCACUCCUCGGGAUGACGGCGAGAUGGCAGGCAACUUUUUAAACCCAUUCCAAAGUGAAAGUUAUUCACCCAACAUGACGAUGAGUGUGUGAAUUUUUUUAUUUUAUCUUUUAUUUUAUUUAUUUCUAUCAUCUCCCCCUCUUCUAAUGUUCCUUUCCCAUCCACCGUGGUGCGUCUUGCAUUACCCUCCCUCCCUAUCUCCUCCUCCUCCUCCUCAUGGAUGGUGUGCUGUGCCACACAGCCCCUGGGGAUGCCCCUGGAAGGCAGGACUCCCCUCAAGGCCCCCCAUCCCAAUGCCUGUAAAAUGGGCGUAAGAACAUGAAACGGCCUCCAAGCAACAGGAAAGGUCUCCUCUCCUGCUCUUCGCCACGCCUGCUGGGCUUUUAUCACAGAGCCUAGGACACUGAAAGCCCGAACCUGCUCCAAGCCUUGUCACUCCCAAACCCAAAACCUGCCCACAUGGGUGGCAUUCAAGUCCAAUAAAGAUGCCCCCGUGCAUCCAGCUCCACUCUACCACUCCAUCAUACCACGCUGAUCAUAACUUAUGAGGGAACGCAGUAGUUGACUGAUAGGGGUCAAAAACCCUCAUUCAAUAACUCUGCUACUAUGGCAGAAAAAAUUGAACUGAUAAUGUUAUUUUAGGGCAAAAAGUGGUUUUCAUUAAAUGUUUGUAUUUUUGUUGUUGAUAUUAUUAUUGUUCUAAUUUUCAUAAUUGAUAUUAUUCUACUAAUGUAGUUAUGAUUUUCUGUAAAGGGCACAUUUUAUUUCAGCAGCAGCAUCAACAAUGACAGAAUAAGCACACGAUUGAAAAAUGCACAAUGAUUUCCUGUUUACAUGAUUUUAGGUAUUUGAUGUUUGUUUUGUUUUUGUCAGUCAGUCUCACUUCACAUACCUCUCCUUAAAGCUUCCUAGAAACUUGUAGCUUGCAUCUGCCAUUUAAGUGUUUGUAGCACCAUUUUUCAUGAACAUUUAAAGGGUAAGAGUGAUUUGGAUAACUGACUGCCUUUACCUUUAAUGAAGUAGUUUGCGCUGAAAUGUUGGCAUUUUGGCUCAAACUAUCCGUACAGUAACAGAGUCUUUGUCAGAGCGUUGCUUUUUUCUGGUACAGUGUCAUGUGAUGCACCUCAACGAUCAGAUGUUUAACUAUUUUGUCUUAAUAAGCACCCCCUUCUCACAAUUACUGUUUGUUUUAGUGCUUGGGAAUGGCUCUGAUAAAAUCCUGAGAUGAUUGGCAGGAUAGCUGGCUUUGAGCCUCCAUAUUCAUUCAAUAGCAGAAAGAUAAAGAGAGAGUUUUGUAGAUCCUCUUGUCUCUUCUUUGGAUUUGGUCUUGUCUGUAAAUACAACAUAUUUAGCUUGUAUUGUGGUUGUUUUAUUAUUUUUCUUAUUGACAAGUUGUCUGUGAAUCCUAAAACAUGGCUCCUUCCCCUUCAUGGCUUUGUUCUGUUUCAUCCUCAUCGUGGACUCUCAACUGGCACCGUUUUUACUCCCGAGGCUCAUCCCGGUUUCUCACCGAUCGGACCGGGACACAAAGUGGGACUUCUGACACACUCACAGAGCCGUGUCUCUUUAUUUAACUUUGGGGUUGAACUUGCAGAUCCUGUUAUGACCCACCCUCUUAAAGCCAGACCAGACAGAAUAAAUGACUGUCUUGCUGAAGCUCCCAUCGACCAGUUGCCUCAUUGAGUUCCAUAUGUACCGUAUGAGAUAAUGGAUCCAAGGUGUUGAUGAUGGGAGUAGAGUGAUGGACCUUGGGGUUAGUAGACCAUGCAGCCACAUCAGUCUAAAGAAGAGGAACAAUAAAACGAUACUUUUGUAAUGGAUAUAUAUUUCCAUCUUGUGGAUUGUUUUCAGCAGAUUGUUUUUAUUUUAAAUGUAUUCAUCAGAAAAAAAAAUUAAAGCCCGUAGAAUCUGCACACAAAGAAAAGUAUAAUUUUGUAUUACACUAUUUAAUUUGUUUCUUUUGGUAUGUUAUGUAUCUUUGGCCUGAUCAACUCUGUCAGUGUUUCUAAGGGAUUAAUAACUGUAUCUUUCAUGGCCUCACACUGCAGCACUUACUUCGCGGCUGUGCUCAAACCCACAAUAACGAAACAACCAUUGUAGCCUCUAUGGGUAACGGUAAUAUACUUAUCAAUUUUCUGAUAUAAAUGUGAACAGAUUGUACCCACAGUUUUAACAGGGACAUCUCCAGGAUUUAGCUGUCAAGAGCCUGGGAAACAAUCUCUCCCUGGUCACUGAUAGCCUUCGAUGUAGUGACACGCACCUCUCCUAUUUUCUCCAAUCCUACUCCUCCUCACCCCCUAAUCCUCUGCCCUUCUAUUUUAAUUUUCUUUUCUUUCUUUCUUUUUUUUUUUUUGUAAAUACUGUAUAAUGCAUUUUGAUAUCAUUGACAUGUUUUGAUAUGUCAGUCACUACCAAUGAAUACAGCUGAAAGUAAAUUAUAAAUAAACUGUCCAUGUUUUUUCAUAGAGAAAGGAUGCGCUGACUAUUUGGCUCAUGUGGCUAAAUUUCCAUAAAAAUGUAUAGAAUACAGUCACACAAUAAAUGCCGACUGUAUGAUAGAGACUUGUAUGGCAAGGAGGAUAGGACAGAGAGAGGACAGGACAGAGAGACGCAAACAAAGUUAUUGACAUGAUUUCUCUUGCAGCUGUGGCGUCCUCGCUCUGCCCUUGUCUCCUUAUGUUUCAGUGAAAUGUUACCAUUGGCUUUGAAUGAUUUUUUUUUUUGUAAAACAAAGGGCAUCUUCUCUCAAAAAAACAUGUGACCUCAUACUGCAGUUUUUAAUAUGAAGGAUUUUUAUCAAUUUAAGAAAACUUUUAAAGAGGAAAAAUACUUAAGAGAACCUCAUUUUAAAUUAAGAAGAGAUCAAAAAGUAAUACUUAUGGGGAAAAACUGUGUCCUUUGCUAUUCGCUCCUGUAAUAGCGUUGUAUAGAUUGAAGCUCUCUCACUGAUCCUCUCUCAGUCCUCUGUGUAUAUCGAUCGUUGGCCAUCUCUGUACUUCUAUUGUGAUGUAUAAUACUGUACCAUUAGGAAGAUUUGCUGGUUGGGUGGGGUGGUUAUGUUGAGUUGGGGAGGGACGGGGAUAAAAGGGAAGGGGAUAUAAAUGAUUCUCCUGUACCGUUCAUGGUCCUUUCUGAUGACACGGCAGUAUUCAAUAUGAAGCAGUCUGUCUCUUGGGUUUGCUUUGUAUUUCAUGGUAGGAUAGUUCAGAAUCUUGUCUUAGGGACUUAGGUGUCUUGUGUAGUUAAUAAAGAUGUUCUUUGUAUGUUUCUUUAUAAUGUAAAGUUUCUUUAGACUGAAAGAAAAACAGAUAAUUUGCUUAUCAAAAAAGAAACAAUGCAUCAAUAAUAAAUGUCAUUUGAUUUUUA